CGUGGAUGAGAUCGAAGAUGCAGUCAAACGUGGAAUUAGACAAGAAAAAGUACUCGCUCAAAUUCGACCUAUGGAUGACAGAAAAACAGUUAAUGGAAUGGAGAGAAGCGAUGAGACUCCCAUACUUUUGGGUGAGAUGUUUGCAGGUACCUGUUUCAGUCAUGGCACUGCUCCAAGGAGUGGUAGAGAAUGCUUUCGGUAGUAUCAUGCAAACAUACUCUCCGUACAAAGUGAGAGGAGCCCUUGAACUUCAGGAUAUUAGAUUCGAACUAAUUCCAUCAGCAAAAACACGAUUCCAGGAAACUCUGAUUGUCGAUUUAGAAGAGGAUGGAGUGGUAGAAGUAGAGCUGGUUUGUGCAAACACUCCGUGGUGUGAAUCCUGCAGAUGCUUCUACCACUGGUCCUCUGAUGAAUCUUGCCCCUCCAAACCCAGGACCAAGGAUCAACAGAACGAUCCAGCGCAAAACGAACCGAAAGAAGAUGAAGUCCGGGAGAAGGAAGGAAAGGCAGAUCCUCCGGAUGGGUCAAAUGGAAAGGAAACGACUAAAACAAAGGAGAGGGAGGAAGAAAAGGACGAGGGUGAGAAAGAAGGAGGAAAAGAGAAGGUGGAGGAAAAGAGGCAUGGAAGGGGGAAGGGGAAAAAUGGAAAAGGCAAAAAGAGGGGCAAACAGAGGAAGGUUGUAGGCUUAUUGAAGAAGAAAUGGGUGAGUAAAGGUGUGAAAGCAGGAGAAAGGAAAGAGAGCAUGGAGGAGGAGAAAGACAAUCAGAAUGAAGGGAGAAAAGCAGAGAAAGAUUUGUCAAAGGACGAUGAAGACACAGCGAUAAAGAUGGACGAAGUCUCUUCAGAGGCAAGCGACAGUGAAGGAAGUACAAAGGAAGAGGAGGAUAGAAGCGGGACCGAUGGAGGGAAAGAUUUGCAGUCCAGGGAAAAUGAAGGAAAGGGGGAACGAGAGGAGGGAGAGGAAAAGGACUCAGAAGGAAAAAUUCUGGAGGAAAAAGGGGAUAGUGAAAUGGUGGUGGAGGAAUCGAAAGGGGAGGGUAAAAGU